UAUUUGCAAUUUGCAACAACCUUGACCACUCCAAAACCCUCAAUGGGCUCCGCCUCAGCCAUGGCCUCCGCCCUCCCCCUCCUCCUCUCUCUCCCCCUCCUCUACUUCUUCCUCGCCCCUCGCUUCCUCUCCCCCCGCCAAAUCCCCAUCCCUCCCGACGACGAGCUCCACGACUUCUCCCUUUUCCACAAGGCCAUCGCCAUGGAAUCCUCCACCCGCUCCCCCCACCAUCUCCCCGCCGCCAAAUCCCACCUCUCCGCCCCCCUCCGCUCCCCCAAGAUCGCAUUCCUCUUCCUCACCAACUCCCCCCUCCACUUCGCCCCCCUCUGGGAGCGAUUCUUCUCCCCUCCCCCCUCCUCCCUCUACAACAUUUACAUCCACGCCGACCCCUUCUCCCCCCUCCCUCCCCUCCACGGCGUCUUCCGCGACCGCCUCAUCCCCGCCAAGCGCACUCAGCGCUCCUCCGCCACCCUCAUCUCCGCCGCCCGCCGCCUCCUCGCCACCGCCAUGAUUGACGAUCCCGCCAACACCUAUUUCGCCCUAAUUUCGCAGCACUGCAUCCCCCUCCGGUCCUUCAACUACCUCCACUCCUUCCUCUUCGAUCUCUCCCGCCUCUCCCCGGAUCUCGAAUUCCCCAGCUACAUCGAGAUCCUCGACAAAGAGUCCCAUCUGUGGGAUCGCUACAACGCCAGGGGCAGAAACAGCAUGCCUCCCGAGGUGCAUUUCGACCAAUUCCGAGUUGGAUCGCAAUUCUUCGUUCUCGCCCGGAAGCACGCGCUGAUGGUGAUCAAGGACAGGAAGCUAUGGCGGAAAUUCAAGCUCCCCUGCAUCAAUGUCCAGUCGUGCUAUCCCGAAGAGCAUUAUUUCCCCACAAUGCUGUCGAUGCAGGAUCCCACUGGCUGCAGCCAUUACACUCUAACUAGGGUUAAUUGGACCGGUACCGUGAAUGGCCAUCCCCACACCUACCACCCCCCUGAAAUCUCGCCGCAGCUCAUCCAUCGCCUCAGAGAAUCCAAUUCCACUUAUUCCUACAUGUUCGCCAGGAAAUUCUCGCCGGAUUGCUUGAAUCCGUUGAUGGAGAUGGCGGAUUCGGUUAUCCUCAACGACUGAUCUUUCGCUCUGAUGAGAAAAAGGCAAGAGUUUUUUGAGGCUGUGAAACGUGAGGAUAUGGAGUGACCACGUGGGAUUAGGGUUUUUGAGUGGCUAUGAAAAUAAAAUGCCCUCAACCUUAGCAACCCACAAGUGUUCCAUCUGCAGUAAUCCAAGAUGGCCGAAGUUUAAAAUAUCUGGGAACCAAACUAUAGUAUGUUGGUAGUGGUGGUUGAAUGUUUUGAAUUUCAAUACCAAAUUUAAAAAGAAAAAGAAAAAGAAAAAGAAAAAGAAAAAGAAAAAGAAAAAAUGGGGGAGAUUUGUUUGUGAUUAGGACAAUUUGGUCUUUUUGUUGUUGUUCAUUAUUGUACAUAUGUAUGAGGUGUUCAUUCUCAUAGAUCCUUGGCUUUGCAUCUAAAGAGAUGCAAAAUUGUCAACUCUGCUACCCCUUUUUAGGGAAUUCAAUGCAUUUGUAAAUUGCAAAUA